AUCCACAUGCCUGAAGCAGCAGAGCGUUGAUCUGCUCCCUCGCUUCUCUACUCCUGGAGAUUGCCUAAAUAGUUGCACACCCUACUGUGCACUGCAGGCUUUUAUCUCAUUCCGGCUGUUAUCUCCCCACCUGCAACCAAAAUCCCGUUUAUGACUUCCAACUGGAUCAUACACUGACCUAUUUUAAAUUUCAGCAUGUUGGGGAUUUUGUUUUUUGCUACAUUGAUUCAAUCAAUAUCAACACAAGACACUGAUGAGACCAUUACAUACACGCAAUGCACUGACGGUUAUGAGUGGGACCCGCUGAGACAGCAAUGCAAAGAUAUUGAUGAAUGUGGAAUAAUGCAAGAACCCUGCAAAGGAGGGAUGAAAUGUGUGAACCAUUAUGGCGGAUACUUAUGUCUCCCAAGAUCAGCACAAAUAUUGGUAAAUAAUGGGCAAGAAGAUACCGUAGUCUCACAGCCAUCUCUAACACAACAUACCAACAGCCAAAACUCUUAUGUAGACAGACCCAUUAACCCUCCAGAUGUACAAAGAAAUGUACCUAGCUCGGGACAGCUGUUGCAGUGUACUGCAGGCUAUGAACUAAAUGCACAAAAUUUGUGCCAAGAUAUAGAUGAGUGUCUCACUGGAACACACAAUUGCAGACAAGAUCAAGUGUGCGUCAAUGUGAGAGGAUCAUUUAGUUGUUCGUGUCCCAGAGGAUAUCAGAGACGUGGGGAACAAUGCAUCGACAUAGAUGAAUGUUCAGUGACUCCAUUUUGUCAGCAUCAGUGUGUCAAUACACUGGGUUCAUAUUACUGUCAAUGCAGUUCUGGCUUUCAGCUUUCACCCAAUAACUACAGCUGCAUAGAUAUUGACGAAUGUAAUACAAGCAGUCCUUGUGCACAAGAAUGCUACAAUAUGAUUGGGUCUUAUAUGUGUCAGUGCAAUCCAGGGUAUGAAAUGAGCAGGGACAGAAUCAAUUGUGAAGAUAUUGAUGAAUGCAGAACAUCCAACUAUUUGUGCCAAUACCAAUGUGUUAAUGAACCAGGAAGAUUCUCCUGUGUGUGCCCAGAAGGCUAUCAACUUGUUGGAACUCGAUCAUGUCAAGACAUAAAUGAAUGUGAAAGCAACACUCAUGAUUGUGGAGAUGAAGCCAUGUGUUGGAAUUAUUAUGGUGGAUUCCGAUGUUACCCAGCAAACCCUUGCCAGGACCCCUACGUUCGUAUGUCAGAUAAUCGCUGUGUCUGCCCUUCUACGAAUCCACUGUGUCGUGAGCAACCAUACAGCAUUGUCUACAAAUAUAUGAGCAUCCGAGCCAAUCGAGCUGUGCCUUCUGAUAUCUUCCAAAUUCAGGCUACUUUGAUCUACUCUAAUACAAUAAACACAUUUAGGAUUAAAUCUGGCAAUGAAAAUGGAGACUUUUACUUACGGCAUACAAGUGGAGUAAGUGCAAUGCUUGUCCUGAUAAAACCAUUAACUGGACCAAGAGAAUACAUUGUUGACCUGGAAAUGGUGACUGUGAGCAACUUAAUGAACUACCGUUCAAGUUCCAUUUUACGACUAACAAUAAUCGUUGGGCCAUAUGCAUUUUAGUGCCUUGGCCAAAUAUUCAACACUGGAAGUAAAAUAAUAUACUCUACAGUACAUCACUCUCUAUUUAUAGAUGAUUUUAUUUGAAUCACAAUCUAUGCAUAGUCCAUGCACUCCUUCUUGUAAUUACAUUACAAAUACAUACUAUUGCUUUGCCUCUUGUCAAAAUCUGCCUGUGGGCUAUCAUCUAUGGAGACACCCAAUUCAUUUAUAGAACCAAUAUUCUCAAGAAUGCAACCUUUCAGUUCAGCAAAAACUAGUGCAAUUAAUCCACAGUACAUCGGCAUAGUGGUUAGUAUUGCAGCCUUAAAGCACUGAGGUCAUAGGUUAGAUUACAACAAGAGCCCUGUCUGCGAGGAGUUUGUACAUCCUCCAUGUGUUUCUUUCAUUGUUCCAUUUCCUUCCACAGUCCAAAACCAGUCUGUUAGGUUAAGUGGCUUCUGACAAAAUUGGCUCCUCUUUUAACCAAUCAGAUUCUAAAUACCAUUUAUUCUAUUGCAUUCUACAAAAUUAUAACUAGAAUCAGAUUGGUUGCUAUGGGCCACACCUCCUCUUUAGAAGGUUUGAUAUAUUCUCCCCGUCAACUGUAGACUUCAAUCAGGCAGAGACUGAUACAAAUAAUGACAUAACACAGCAACUGCCUACGUCAUCCUCUGCAAUAAUGUACAAUAACGUAAAGUGCCUAUUUCAGAAAUGAAGUCUCAAUGGCACAACUUGCCGCCUCUACCUUAUAUAUUUGAUUGGUACAUAUUAAAUAAUUUCUAUUUUUAGUGACAUAUAAAAUAGUUUAAAAUACCAUAACAAACAUUAUUUUGUUUAUCUCAUGUAAAUAUCUUGCCAGUAAUUAUAUGUUCAAAGUAUUUGUUUCCUGAAAUUGUAUUUGCUUGCAUUUGCCUUUUUUGCAUAAUCUAUAUUUGCAACAUUUUCAAUGAUAUUGUCAGGGCAUAAAGUGGUCCUGGAGAGGUGGUGGAACUCAUUUACCCAGCCUCCUCCAACCCCCAAUCACCCCCCCUCCCCCUCACAUUAAGCGGAGCCAGGGCCAGUGCUAGUGUUUUCGGCACCCCCCUGCACACAAUAGAUUAGUCCCCUGUUUCCAAUACUUUGUAAAGGGACAUUGAUCUCACAAAGAAGCAGCGUGGUCACACAAUAGUACCCUCAAUUCAAUUUGCGCAACACAGUAGCAUGAUCGUAUUCACAUUACACCGCAUAGUAAUUCCUCGUAUUUAGGUUACAUCACUCAGUAGUGCCCUUCCUGCACAUUACACUACACAAUGGUACCCUCUAUACAUGUUAUGCCACACAGUAGUGCCCCUUAUAUACAAUUCCCACAGUAGUAGUGCCACUUACACAUAGUGGCAGAAAAGGAAGCCACUGGGCCCUGAGGAGGGGAUGACUACUAUCCAACAGACACAGCGUGUGUGAGCACCAGGAGGGGUUCUUUAAAUGGAGGAGGACCAUGGAGCCACCAGGACCUGAGGAAGGGGGAGGUGGCUGCAGCUCAUCAGUAACACCAGUGGUGCCUGCAUCAUCUACUGAUGUAGGUGAUGGGGCAGGAUUUUCUGUUGGAAUUACCAUGCAAGGAAAUGGAGGUGGUGGAACUAGUUCCCCCUACCAAUACAGGUGGUGGAACUCAGUUCCACCUCGUUCCGCCCCCGCAUCCCCUCACCCCCCUCCCCACUUUAACCCCUGGAUAUUGUAUACAGAAACUGAAUGAGUUUGGCUAGUAAACCCACCGAAUUGUCAGGUACGAGUUUUUUGCAGAACAUAACCCUUUUUUCAUAUACUACAUGUUAAAAUUACAUUCAAUUGAAAUUAACAAUCUGAUUAUGAAAAGUGCACAGUUCUGAUAUAGUUAUUAUGUUGUCAUUACGUGUCUCUGUAUUAUAUUAAAAGUUGCCUUGUUUUAA